AUGCGACGCGUUCUUAAAAAUUUGAAUUUUUCAUUUAAGAAGUGUAAUGACGGGCGCAAAUUUUUAAUGGAACGUUUAGACAUAGUUGCUCUACGGUGCACAUUCCUCAGAAAAAUGUGCACACUGCGUAAAAAUAACGAUAGUCGCCCUGUUGUUUAUGUUGAUGAGACUUGGGUUAAUCAAAAUCACUCACGAUCCAUUAUUUGGCAGAACAAUGAAGGUACGGAAGGAUUAAAGGUUCCAAUUGGCAAGGGGGGUCGACUGAUUGUGUGUCACGCAGGAUGCGCCCGCUACGAUUUUAUUAAGGAUUCAAAAUUAGUUUUUCGUAGUAACACUGGUAAUACUACAGACUACCAUAACCAAAUGAAUGCUGAGGUGUAUAAAGAGUGGUUUUUUGAUUUACUCAAUCAUCUUGAAGAGCCCUCUAUUAUUGUUAUGGAUAACGCUUCAUAUCAUUCGACCUUGGCUGAAAAUUAUCCUAAGAGUAAUUCUAGAAAAUCGGAUGUACAAAAAUGGCUUAAAGAUAAAAAUAUUCCCUACAGUAAUCUAGAAACAUUAGCCGAACUCAAAAUGAAGGUGAAAAAUAUAAUGCCACGUGAAAAAUCGUAUCUCCUUGAUCAGUUGGCAUAA